AUGCAAACGUAAUCAGCCGCUUCGACAUCGGAAGCCACCAGUGUGUGCAAUGCGGCCGCAGUAGUCCGGAUCCUUGGGCCUGGGAGCUGGACCCAAGGUCUGGAAUGAUGUUGUGCAUCGACUGCAUUCGACGUCCGCUGGAGAAGCGCACCGCCAUCCCCGAUCAGAGACGUCUCGUUUCUCCAAGGCAGAUCUAUUCCAUGGGCGGAUGCAAUGGUACUACUCAGACAAAGCAGCAUCCAGUACCACCAGAUUCCUUCGGCCGAAACGUACAAGCACCGGUGGGGAAUCCGCAUUUAGUGGCAACUGACAUGGUGAAAAACAACGCCAAUUAUCCCAAUGAAAUCGCUCGAAGAGACAUCGUUGCGUCUCGUGGACAUAACUCGGAGAAACAGCUUCCGCAUUAUGAGUCCAGACUGAUGAAGUUGAAUCAAUCGAUCAAGCGAUCCGGCCAGGUAUGUGUCAACUGCGGGACCUCUUCCACCACAUUGUGGCGGCGUAAUGCAGAUGGAGAUCCGGUGUGCAACGCAUGUGGUUUGUACUUUAGGCUACACAAGAGUAAUCGUCCAAUUAACCUGAAAAAAGAAGAGAUAUUGACAAGGAAACGGAGACCUUGCAAGAAUCUUGAUAGCACCGCGUCUUGUGUGCCGAUCAGCAAAAGUCCCUCGCUGACCACAAUACAUACAUCG